GCGAUGGUCACCGCGAACAUUGCGAUCGGGGAGCUGGGCUGGGGCAAUCUGGAGAAGACGGAUCAGGACAUGAAGGAGAAAUGGGCCCUCGAACGCUUAUCCGAUGCUCUCAUGGAGAAGGGCGGACUUGUCCCUCUAUCCAAAAAAAAACGAGAGCUGCCCACUGAUGCUUUCUUACCCCCGACAUCUGCGACAGAGAUCUGGUCGCCCCUUCUCCAGGAGAUCCGGAAACUCCAUCCCAUCUUCUUCGCGGUUCUCUCCGACCGUAUCAUUGUUCAUCUGCUUACGGAUGCUCCCCGGGAAGCCAGCUUCGACGCGUCUAUCGCCCGUUGGGCGAUGUGGCUAGUGGACUCUGACGAUGCUGAUUUGAGGAAAGACCUCGCCAUCACGCUAAUCGUGGGCAUCGGUCCCGAUCGAGCGCACAACUGUGUCUCUGCAUCGGCUUUGCUGCAGGCCUUGUGCGGUGAUAACACUGACAUGGAAGCUGCACUGUCGCUCCUGCGCCCAGUACCGGGCGUGGUUUCCAGUUCUGUUUGGACGCCGGAGGAUAUCAAUGUGAUGCACGAACGGCUUGUUUCGCUUCUGGCAGCGUCCGAGGACGAUCAGUCCCCAGACACUCCUUUCUUGUCGGAGGCAGAGGGUUUCGUCGCAGCUGAGCAGCUGCCUGCGGGCUGGCGCCUUCUGGAUAGUAAAUGGACAGUUUGCCCCAUUGGAAUAUACCAUUCCGUCUGAUUGUGACACUGUUACGC